AUGCCAGAUGUCUACGCUCAUUUUGUUCAAGGUGGCAAUAACCUAAAAAGUUUAUAUGCAACAUCAAUUGAAGACAGUGAUCAGAAAAUAAAUUGGAACUUACUUUUCGCUAUAAUUUAUUCUGUACUGAGUCCAGCAAAAAGUGGUGCUGGAGACAAGCAGAAUGUCGUUAGUUGCUUUAACUUUUCCUCUUGUAGGAAAGUUGAUUUCAGAUCGAUGUUAUCAACUUUUAUCACUUGA